AGUUGAGAGUUGAACUGUGAGGAGGCCUUGUGCGCUCGUCCAAGUGAACAUUCAGUGUUGGAGCCUAAAAUAUACUUUCAAGACUCGACUUGUGCGUUCUGUGAGUCGGUUGUGGUUUGUGCGUGUACGGGUCGAUCAAUACUUGGAUACGGGAGUGCCGUCCGAAAAGUUUUUCAGUGUUUUCUUUUCGAAACCAACUGAAUCUGUGAGUGUUUUCUGUCCCAAGUGCAAGUUGCUGUCAUGUUGGAGGAUGUCAGUGUGCCAGGGAGCAGCUAGGAGGUAGACCGUUCUUCCCUGAAGUCUAGCUGUUUGGAAAAAUCAUUCAAGAAUGGACGGAAGCACAAGAGGACGUAAAAUCCUGCUGCGAGAUCUAAACGCUCAUCUGCUCUGUGUUCUUUGUGGAGGGUACUACAUUGAUGCCACAUCCAUCUCAGAAUGUCUUCAUACAUUUUGCCGAUCCUGUAUUGUGAAGUACGUGGAGAAGACCAGGUUCUGCCCUAUCUGUGAAGUCCAGUUGAACAACAAAAAUCCAUUGCUCAGUCUCAGCCCCGACAAGACGCUUCAAAGACUAGUCUACAAGAUGGUUCCCGGUUUGUACAGCAGUGAAAUGGCGCGACGCCGUAGCUUCUACCAGAACGGGGAGACGUCAGCUGGGUCGUCAUCUGAUGAGACGGACGCCAGCAGCUGUGACGUGCCUGACUCACAUCUCAUUGACGCCGCGGCAGCCAACGUAAACGGAGCCGCCACUGUUUUCUAUUCACCUGAAGACAGUAUCAGUCUUUCUCUCGAGUACUAUAACAGCCCCGACAAGACGCUUCAAAGACUAGUCUACAAGAUGGUUCCCGGUUUGUACAGCAGUGAAAUGGCGCGACGCCGUAGCUUCUACCAGAACGGGGAGACGUCAGCUGGGUCGUCAUCUGAUGAGACGGACGCCAGCAGCUGUGACGUGCCUGACUCACAUCUCAUUGACGCCGCGGCAGCCAACGUAAACGGAGCCGCCACUGUUUUCUAUUCACCUGAAGACAGUAUCAGUCUUUCUCUCGAGUACUAUAACAGUGACAAAGAAGCUGGAGAUGAGUCGGAUGUGAACUGCUGCUUGAAAAAAGUGGGUCCUCCAAGGAGAUAUCUCAAGUGCCCAGCGGCUUUGAAAAUGAUUCUUCUGAAAAAGUUCCUACGCACCAAAUAUGGCUUGGCUCCGGACCACAAGGUGGACAUUAUCUACGCUGACGCCGACGAAUGUCUUUCUGAUGACAUUUCCCUCAUGGAUGUCGCCUACAUCUUCUUGUGGAAUCGGGCCAAUCCUAUGAGGUUCAGCUACCGGAUCCUAGAAUGGUCGACAGUGAAGGUACCGGCCAGCUUCGGCAACACAGGAUCGGCCACCUCCCCGCAACCGGCACUCACGUCCGACACCCCUCCCGACCAGACGCGACAGCCGCCCUCCAGUCGCACAUCCGAGAAGGAGAGCUCGUCGCGAGGCCGACGCAUCCAGGACGACAAGCGCCGCAUCCGCGAGACCGACAGUGAACCUGAAAUCAAGAUGUGUCGACAGAAGCAGCCCAAACAGGAGCCCAAGAAACGCGCCCGUCGGGAACCUUCCAUCAAGAAGUCACGUGUGAGCAAGAAGAACGCUCUCAAGAAGAAGGUCAACAACUAUCUCAAAUCCACAAAAUCCACACCCAUCCAACAAACACCACCAGAAGUCCCAGAUGAAUCUAUGGACUCGCUACUGACCAAGGAGCCUGACAUCAAGGAUUCAAUCCAGGAAAAGAUCGAGGCUUGCAUAGAAAACAUCGACCAGGACAUUGACAACGAUAUCUCCAUGGAGCUGCUAGAGGACCAAAUCGAAGAGGAGAUUGUAGAUGACGAUGGGGAACGAUGGAGGUUUGAUGAAGUCAAACAAACGGACAGUAGUAAAGAGAAAGUUGAAGAGGAUAAGGUGGGGGAGGAUUUCGCUCUGAGAGACAAACAAAACGAGAAUGAUGAGGAGGAGGAAGAUGAUGAGUUCAGGUUGAGGAUUUCGGCUUCUGAAGAGGAUUGUCCCCAGGAGGAGGAACCUUCACCACCUUCACCAACAACAGUCGAUAUAGAACCGGAAACCGUGUCAGAAAGCAGUCGCAGCAAAGACAGGAAGGAAAGCUUGAAACGGAAUGGAGAAUUCAAAGUGAAACGGAAGAAUAAGAAGGCCAAACAUCACCACCAUCAUAGACACCACGACCGCAGAAGAGAUCAUCAUCCACCCGCUGCUACAAUUCUGCCCUCUCCAGACACCAAAGACUUGAUGAAGUUGAAAGUCAAGUUGACAACAGUGAAACCCGAUGAACAGUCCAAGCAUAAGUACAACAGUCAUUCACCAAGCAGGCAUCACAACUCCAAGCACAAAGUGUCCUACCAAGUCAUAUCUGAUGAUAGUGAUCAUUUCUCCAAUCACAGCAAUGGACACACCAACAGUGAUGUUGAGAAGUCUGAAAAGCCAUCACAAGUUGUUGAAAAUGGAUCGAAACCUAACGAUCUCCCCAACAAAAAACCUGAGGAUCGGCUUUCUCCUGUCGAGAAGCCAAAAGCUAGUCCAAUCCUUAUCAACUCAUCUACAGAAACUGAUAAAUCGCACACAAAUGGUGACCAAAGUAAUAGUAAUAAAAGUAGCACUAACAGCAAUAAUAAACCAAUCACUGCUACUUUAUCAAGCAAAGAAAGGCUUCUUCAAAUGAGGGCAGUCAGACACAAACCAUCUUUAGAAAACAGCUUACAAAACUUCAGGUCAUUGAGCAAUAAUAACAAUAACAACAAUAAUAAUAGCAAGAAUAACAAUAACAAGAAUGAUGAUAAUGAUGUUAUUGAAAUAGAAGAGAUUAAAACCUCAAACUCGACAAUACUGAUUCCCCCAUCAUCGAUCACUGUGAGCAAGAUAACAGCAGCUGAGAAGAAGAAGAUGGACGAGGAAAAACUAUUGAAAAUGAGUGGGAAAGGUAUAAGUGAAAUGGAAAGCAAGAGGCCAGCACUUGAAAUUAUGCUGGUUGAGGCACCUCCACAAACUAAAAAUGCCCCAGUGAAACAUACACAGGAUGAAAAGAAGCAGGAUGAUAAAGUCAAUAACAUUAAUGCCUCCAAAAUUAAUUCCAAUGCUAUUCCAAUCGUGAAACUUCAGAAGACUCUUAAUCUGCAGCAGAAUGGAAGACAGUCUCUCCUUACAAUUGCUCAAAAGCUAAACAACUCGAAAACGUUGAAUAAUAAAUCCCCUCCAGUUGCAGUAAACAGAUCAUUACAAGUCACAACACCCAAUAAUAAGGAGACAAAAAGUAAGCAACAGCAGCAGCAGCAGCAGCAGCAGCAAAAGAAGACCUCUGAUGAUGUUAAAGUUGUUCAAGACAGUAAUGGGAGUAGUCUGAACAAAAAUAGAAGUCCUGGUUCGCAUGAUACAGGGGCUCUAGACUUAUCAGACAAGUCGUCAAGGAAAGGAUCAUCCCCAGCUUCAUCUAUAUCAUCAGAUGGUUGUCCUUCACCUAACAGCAGCAAUUUCUACUCAUUGCUCCAGUCACAGACGAAUGAGAGAACAACUGGACACCAACAACCUCAGACCAGCAGAACACCUGCCAACAAUUCCUCCCAAUCUCCAGCUUCAGCAUCUCCCAAAAACGGUCCAGAAUCUGGUUUCCCAGCUGCCAUGAGGAACCUGAUGACCCUAUCAGACACGGCGUCGCAGAUCAGGGACAUGAUGGCUGCUCGGGACACGACAGACCGCUUCCAGCAGCUGGCUCGAACCCAUAACUUCCAGCAGAAACGAUCUCCACAACACUUCCACUCUGAGUCACCGCCAUCUACCAUCAAACUUCCCCAGGCGAUGCUCUCGCCUUCAACACGAGCUGUACUGGCAUCUUCCCCUACGACCCCUCUGAAGAUCCCCGUACCUCGUGCUGUUCCCAUCAACAAUAAGAUGAUCGCCAACCGAAACGGGACAACUCCCAUGCCUGUGAGGCCUUUUUCGCCCCCGAAAAAAGUUGGUGUCAAUGGACGAACUCAUGUGAUGCCACCUCCUCCAGCCGCUAUACCUUUGGCCAGUAUCAGGCGCAUGGAGAGUAUGACCAGGUCACUUAAUAUUGAGAAAGUGGCAGCAGGUCUACAAGUGAAAGCAGCUGUUGAAGCUGGGUUCAGUGUUCAGUAG